UCUUUGGCAAUGACAUUGACAUUGACAAAAUAGACGAUUUUCUGAAAGAGGACAGGAGCUGUUGUUGUGUAAAAAAGUUUUAUAAUUUUAAAAUUUUGUAUAUAACAGAACAGAUAUUUCAAAGUAUGAAUUACUAUUUGGAAUAUUAAAUAUAUAGAAUAAAACAAAACGAUUAUUUAGAUUAAAGCUGUCACAAUAAUUAUUACAUAGGUUACACGUUGAAUUUCAUCAUCCUAACCUAAUUCCUAAAGAGUUAAUGCCCUAAGUCAAUAAAAUGCACAAAAUAUUGGAGUUUCAAGCAGUAGUGUUGGCGGCCGGAAGAGGCUCGCGUCUCCCUGACGUUGGAGGGACAGUGUCAAAAUGCCUGCUUCCUGUGGGACCCUAUCCUGUCCUGUGGUAUUCAUUGAAUAUGCUUGAACGAUAUGGAUUUCAAGAGACCAUGGUAGUGGUGUUGGAUGAAGAUAAAUCAAAUAUACUCAGUGCACUUGAAAAGUGUCCUCUAAAAAUUAAAUAUGAACCAAUAGUAAUCCCUUCCAAUGAAGACUGGGGUACUGCAGACUCCCUAAAAUACAUUAGUAGUAAAGUUACAACUGACCUCAUAGUUGUGUCAGGGGAUCUCAUCACUAAUGUUAAUUUAAACGAAGUUCUCAAUCUAUAUCGCAAACAUGAUGCGGCUCUCGCUACACUGUUCUUUAAUAACGGCCCAGAAGAAUGGAUUGAACUUCCUGGCCUCAAAAGCAAGGUCAAACCGGACAGGGAUCUUGUUUGUAUUGACAAGGAAACAGAACGACUCGUAUUCCUUGCGAGUGCCAGUGACUUUGAGGAGAAUAUAACAAUACCUCGGAUGCUUAUGAAAAAAUAUAGAAGUAUAACAAUGUUCAGUAGAUUACUGGAUGCACAUGUCUAUGUUAUGAAGAACUGGGUUAUAAGCUACUUAGUAGAAUCAGAUAAGUACACCUCGAUCAAGGGAGAAUUAAUACCUCAUAUUAUUAAAAAGCAAUUGUCAAAACCUAAAAAUGCAUCAGAGAAGAAAGGUACAUCUGUAUUAAAUGUUGAUACUUCAAAGGAUAUUUUUGAUUUUGCUGUUGAUCAAGGAUAUGAGAGUAAAAUAAGAGACAUGUCAAGUUAUAAUGACCACAAACUGGGUAGCAAAGGAGUGUACUUCAAUGAUGUUCUCAGAUGCUAUGCCCACAUACCAAAUAAAAACACAUUUGGUAUCAGAGUGAAUACUUUAUCAUCACUUUAUUUAUCAAAUAGUAAGAUAUUAUCAAAAUGGGAGGAACUGACUGGCACUACUCUAACAGAAAGGCUCCAUCCAAACAGUGAAGUGAAAACAAAACAAAUAGAUGAAACAUGUACAGUUGGAGAGAAAAGUUUAAUUAGUGAAAAGACGUCUAUCAAAAGCUCAUUUAUCGGUGCAAACUGUACCAUUGAAAACAAAGUUAGGCUGACCAACUGUAUAUUAAUGAACAAUGUUACUGUUAAAGAAGGAUGUGUCCUUCAAGACUGCAUAGUAUUCACUGGGGCCACAGUGGAUUUGAACUGCAACUUACAAUACUGCCUCAUUGGACCUCAUCACGAAGUGCCUGCUAGCUCUAAAGGGAACCACCAACUAUUUGCUGAAACUACGGACAAUAUGAUAACUCUUGGAUGAAUGUAUGGCGCUAUUUAUUAUUAUAGAAUAUUUUAUAAA